AUGGGUGGCGCGAGGAGAGUGUGGUUGGUCGACCGGGGUUGCAUCUUGUCGAUUCUCAGGAGCAGGUACACAGAACUUUACUGCCCCUGCAACUUCAAUGGACAAAUUGUUUUGUUGCAUACACAAGAGCCAGUUCGGCUGAUCCUCAGCCAGGCCAAUGAAGCAUGGGCGGUUUUCAGGUUCGUGACGGCGUGUAGGGCUUGA